UUUAUGGCAUUGUGUAUUUGUGUGUAUGUUCCUCGUUGCCACUUGCCGCUGUGGUUCAUCUAUUGUAUAAAUUAUAUAUUUUAUUAUUUUCACCUUCUUCUAUUUAAGCAAUUAAAAGUUAAUACUUAUCAAUACCGACAAUGUGUGACGAUUCGAAUUUGAUUUUGUGCUAUAACCGUGGAUGUGCUGUGAAAUUUGAUCAGGCCAAUAAUCCUGAAGAUUCUUGCGUAUAUCAUCCAGGUGACCCCUUUUUUCAUGAUGCCUACAAGGGAUGGUCGUGCUGUAAAAAGAAAUGUACCGAUUUUACUGAAUUUCUUAAUAUAAAGGGUUGCACAAAGGGUUACCACAACGGUAAAAAGCCAAAUGAGCCUGAAAAGUAUGUUCCAGAUAAAGAUAGCAAAGUUGAUGUCAUUGAAUAUCAUGCCCCAAAACCAGUUUCAUUACCGAGACCGUCAUCUAAUUUGCCAUUGAUAAAUAUUAAACCCACCAUAUCCUCUACUCACUUACAACAAAUGACUGCUACUGCUAUAAGUAAUACUAAUGGAAACGAGACAAGCAGUUCAACUGAUAUUGCAAUUGGUACUAUGUGUAAAAACAAUGGAUGCAAACAGGCCUACGAAGGUGCUGGAAAAGGGAAUCUUUCUUGUGACCAUCAUCCCGGUAUACCUAUAUUCCAUGAGGGUAUGAAAUAUUGGUCCUGUUGUAAUAAAAAGACGUCCGAUUUCAACGCAUUUUUAGAACAAGUUGGGUGUUCUCAAGGAAAACAUUGUUGGAUUAAAGAAACGAAAAUUCAAGGACAUACUAACUGUCGUUUAGACUGGCAUCAGACUGGACCCUGGGUUGUAAUAUCAAUCUUUGCCAAGAAAUAUGACCCAAACACUUCUUUUGUAAAAUUGUCUCCUGUUAAACUGUCUGUGGAACUAAACUUCCCUUUUGACAAUUCUGUGUUUUCUAAAAACAUGGAACUUUAUGGGAUUGUCGACGUUAAUACAAGUUGCGUGGCUAUGUUUCCCACAAAAGUAGAAAUAAAACUUAAAAAGGCAGAAGCCGUAUCAUGGGGUUUAUUGGAAUAUCGAAAGGUACAAAAGGUACUUUCAAAUGGUACAAAACAAACUUUAAAUUCGGGAACAAAUGACAAACAUGAAAAUUCAAAUGGCUUUGUUGAAAGUGUUGACCUCGGGGAUCUUUAAUUUAUAAGAUAUAUUGGAUUUUGUUUUAAUUUUUGAAUAAACAUUAAUCAUUUUGACAAAUAUUUGUAACUCUGAUAUAAAAAUUAUGUUUCUGUAUUUUUUUUUUAUCAUGUAUUUAUUUUUAUGUUAAAAUACUAUCACGGUUAACAAUGUUUUCUUUUUUUAAAUCAAAUAUUUACUAACAGCAAGAUGUUUUUUGCCUUAUUGUUUGAGGUUUAUUAUUAUUUUUUUUUUUUUCAUAUCAUAUUUUGUUCAUAAUUACUUACUUCAAAUUCAAUGAAAAUACAGCAUAGAUGUAUCCCCAUUAGAAAUUGUAAUUUAUGUUUCCACAAAAACAAUAUAAUUAUACAAUUAUGCAAAAAUUCUA